AUGUCUAAUCCGGAUCCAUACUCCUCCAAGCCCAAUAUCAACUCACUCUUAUUAGUGAUUUACGACAUACGUCUAUUGUUUCGUGGCUUGAAUGAACAGCUUGGAAAUCUCGGACGAAAACGAUUAGAUUUUCUCGAAUCUAACGAUCGUUUACGAUCUUUGAUCUGCGAGGAAAUACCUACCAGAUAUAAUCAGUACACAGAACGUGAUUGCGAACUGAAAACUAAGCUCAAAACAUUGGAAGAAUUAUUACAAAAAUGCGAAGAUGAAGUUGAAGAGAUGACGAAACGAUGUAAGGAGAUUAAAAGUGGAUUUGAAGAUAAGAAAAAUAGGUUGACCAUAAAAAGCACGACAAGCACGGAAGAAGAUUUAUUCGCUUACUAG